CAUAUGACUUCUUCCACCUGACUACGCAGUGCUAUCUGUCGCAGCAUAAAUUAAGAUACUACGUCAUAAUUUCUCUCUUUCACCCAAGUUCUCCACAGGAGAACAGCACCGACUGCAUACGAGGCCGUCCUAGACUUGGGAUACAUUCGCCAAAAUGGUGAACUUUACAAUAGACCAGAUCAGGGAGAUUAUGGACAAAAAGUCCAACAUCAGGAACAUGUCUGUAAUUGCUCAUGUGGACCAUGGUAAAUCUACUCUCACCGAUUCCUUGGUGUGCAAGGCUGGUAUUAUAGCCAAUGCUCGUGCAGGAGAGACCAGAUUCACUGACACGAGAAAAGAUGAACAGGAGAGAUGCAUCACCAUCAAGUCAACAGCUAUCUCUUUAUAUUAUGAGCUUAAUGAAAGUGAUUUAGCAUUCAUUAAGCAGUGCAAGGAUGGUUCUGGCUUUCUUAUAAACCUGAUCGAUUCACCAGGACACGUUGACUUCUCCUCCGAGGUGACAGCUGCUCUUAGAGUUACAGAUGGUGCCCUUGUAGUGGUAGACUGUGUAUCAGGUGUGUGUGUGCAGACUGAAACCGUCUUGCGACAAGCCAUUGCAGAGCGCAUCAAGCCUGUCCUGAUGAUGAAUAAGAUGGAUCGCGCCCUCCUUGAGCUGCAACUGGAACCUGAUGAGCUUUUUCAAACUUUUCAGAGGAUUGUAGAGAAUGUUAAUGUCAUCAUCUCAACUUACGGAGAAGGAGAACAUGGACCAAUGGGAAACAUUAUGGUGGAUCCUGUGGUUGGGACUGUAGGAUUCGGGUCAGGUCUACACGGCUGGGCUUUUACUCUUAAGCAGUUUGCUGAGAUGUAUGUGGCCAAGUUUGCUUCCAAAGGAGAUAAGAAGAAAGCAGACCUACCUCCAGCGGAACGGGCUAAGAAAGUGGAGGAUAUGAUGAAAAAGCUGUGGGGAGAUAAGUACUUUGAUCCUUCCUGUGGAAAAUUUAGCAAAACAGCAAACACUGCAGAUGGCAAAAAGCUGCCACGUACUUUCUGCCAACUUGUCCUGGAUCCAAUCUUUAAGGUUUUUGAUGCCAUCAUGAAUUUUAAAAAAGACGAGAUCCAGAAAUUGAUUGAGAAACUUGAAGUAAAGCUUGAUGCAGAUGACAAAGAAAAAGAAGGAAAACCUUUACUUAAGGCGGUGAUGCGCCGCUGGUUGCCCGCAGGUGAGGCUCUACUGCAGAUGAUUACCAUCCAUCUUCCCUCUCCUGUCACAGCUCAGAAGUACCGCUGUGAAUUGCUAUAUGAGGGUCCUGGAGAUGAUGAAGCUGCUAUGGGUAUAAAGAACUGCGAUCCUAAAGCUCCUCUCAUGAUGUACAUCUCCAAGAUGGUACCAACCACCGACAAGGGUAGAUUCUAUGCUUUCGGUCGCGUCUUCUCCGGUAUGGUUGCCACAGGACAAAAGGUGCGCAUCAUGGGCCCAAACUACACACCAGGAAAGAAAGAGGACUUGUACAUAAAACCAAUCCAAAGAACUAUUCUGAUGAUGGGUCGGUAUGUGGAGCCCAUUGAAGAUGUGCCAUGCGGGAACAUUGUCGGUUUGGUUGGGGUCGAUCAGUUCUUGAUUAAGACCGGCACCAUUACCACCUUCGAAAAUGCUCACAACAUGCGUGUCAUGAAGUUCAGUGUUAGUCCUGUGGUGAGAGUUGCUGUGGAGGCCAAGAAUCCAGCUGAUCUGCCAAAGUUGGUGGAAGGACUCAAACGUCUGGCUAAGUCUGAUCCUAUGGUUCAGUGUAUCAUUGAAGAGUCUGGGGAGCACAUAGUGGCAGGUGCUGGAGAGCUGCAUUUGGAGAUUUGCCUCAAAGACUUGGAAGAAGAUCAUGCAGGCAUCCCUCUGAAGAAAUCAGACCCAGUUGUUUCAUAUCGUGAAACAGUCAGCGAGGUAUCAGACCAGGUUUGCUUGUCUAAGUCCCCCAACAAGCACAAUCGUCUUUACAUGAAGUGUCAGCCAUUCCCUGACGGCUUGGCUGAGGACAUUGAUAAGGGUGAAGUGACCGCUCGGCAGGAGCUCAAACAGAGAGCCCGCUACCUGGCUGAAACCUACUCAUGGGAGGUUGCAGAGGCCCGUAAAAUAUGGUGCUUUGGACCGGACGGCACCGGGCCUAACGUCCUUGUGGACAUCACAAAGGGAGUUCAGUAUUUGAAUGAGAUUAAGGACAGCGUGGUGGCUGGUUUCCAGUGGGCAACCAAAGAAGGUGCACUCUGUGAGGAGAACAUGCGAGGAGUCCGAUUUGACGUUCAUGACGUCACCCUUCAUGCUGAUGCCAUCCAUAGGGGUGGCGGUCAGAUCAUUCCUACAGCCCGUAGGGUGUUGUAUGCUUCUGUGCUGACUGCACAACCAAGAUUCAUGGAACCCAUUUACCUGGUCGAGAUUCAGUGUCCAGAGCAGGUUGUUGGUGGCAUCUACGGUGUGCUGAACAGAAAAAGAGGUCAUGUAUUCGAGGAGUCUCAAGUGGCAGGCACACCUAUAUUUGUGGUGAAGGCAUUUCUGCCUGUAAAUGAAUCAUUUGGUUUUACAGCAGACCUGAGGUCUAACACAGGUGGUCAGGCCUUUCCUCAGUGCGUUUUUGACCACUGGCAGAUUUUGCCCGGUGACCCCUACGACGUUUCGAGCAGAGCAUACCAAAUUGUGGCAGAUACCCGCAAACGUAAAGGUCUGAAGGAGGGAAUCCCAGCACUGGACAACUUCCUGGACAAAUUAUAAUUUCUCUGGUGCAUAGAUGCUGAUAAAAGCUAGUACUCUUACAAUGUUAAGUAACUCCAAAGUGACGACUCUUAAGCAUUUUAAAGCUGCGCAAAGUUUUGCAGCCAAUCAAAUCUGAGCACUUUAGACUUGCGAGUAUGAAUGUGUCCAAAUGUAAUACAGAAAAACGACACAAAAUCCGCACUUAAUCAUUAGCAUUUAAAAAUAUAUAUUUUCAGAUAAACAUGAAAUAAUGAUCUGAUCACUGUGGAUUGGUUUUUAUGUCAUAUGAUGUAUCAUGUGAAAUGGUGUCCAUCUUUUGGUAAACCAUUUAAAAAGGUCAACACUCAUCUGUGCCAUUAUGUAUUGAAAGCUAUAUCCAUUAUAAAACAGCCCUGAUUUGGAGGGACAAUAAAGCACUCUAUCAGCA